AUGAAAUCAAAGAAUAAAAUGGUGGUGCUAUCGAAAUCAAACAUCGUUACAUCAAUUAGCAAAAAAGCGCAAAAACGCAACCAUUCUGAAAUUGGUGAUCUAAUUGACGUGACCGGCCGUCGUUCAAUCUUUCAGAUUCGCAAUGCUUUAUAUCCACCGAAGAAAAGAGUAAAAAAGCUGCUCCCCGGGGCAAAAUCCUUAUUGCCACAUCAAGACUGCAAUUGUCAUUCAGUUUUCGAUGAUGAAGAAACCAUCAAAAUUCUUGAAUCACAAGUUAAUAAGAUCGAAGAAUCUGUUAAUAACCUGAUUACAACACACAAUAAAGAAACGACAGCAUCAUCGUCGUCGUCAUCAUCCUUUAGUGUGCUUGGCUCAAAGCUUUCUAUUUUAAACACCAACGAACUCUUAAAUUUAACGGAAAAUUUAAGCGAUAAUAGUUCGUCAACACGAUUCGUCAACGAGCAAUCGAUUCAAAAUUGGCCGACGGCAGCAAGAAACAUAUCAAGACGAAUCUAUUCGAAUAACGCUUCUAUUAAUGAAUUCG